UCAGGAUGAUGUGAAGAGAAGGACGCCGGAAAUAUUAACGAUGGCUGUUAAGCGGAAGUGUGUAAAUGAACGGACAUGACAGCAAGCAGACAAUAGGUGGGAAGAUUGCUGAUAUGAGUGGACAAGCAACUGGUAGUGUUAGUCAUCUUGGCAUUGUGCAUGCUGCCAUCGUAUUCUGUUGAUGUGGAGUGCAUUGGAAGCAAGGGAGAACCGGGUGUUCCCGGAGUUCCGGGUCCUCCAGGAAGACAGGGACCAGUAGGAAAACAAGGAGCAGCAGGAAUUUCAGGCGGCACCGGCUUGAAGGGUGAGGUAGGAGCUGAAGGUGCAGUUGGUCCACCAGGUAAACAGGGAGUGCAAGGUGUGAUGGGUCGUGCAGGUCCACCCGGACCUCAAGGUCCUCCGGGCAAAAGUGGAAUGAUGGGUCCACCGGGACCCAGAGGUCCUCCAGGACAAACGGGAGGACGUGGAGAGAAGGGGGAACGAGGAGUGGAGGGUCCAAGAGGUUUGGCUGGAUUAGAUGGCAUUCCGGGUGCUGCAGGUCCCAUAGGACCCGUAGGAUCACGUGGACCAUUAGGAGUGAAGGGUGAUCGUGGAUUACCCGGAGCAAAGGGAGAAGCCGGACCACAAGGUCGUCCCGGUGCAGAGAUGAGUGAAGAUGUGUUGAAACGCUAUUUUUCUCCAGUCAAGGGACUGGCAGAGAGGAUGAAAGAACUGGAGGAUUGGAAAGAAGAGUGGACAAAGAAUGAGAGUAGAGUGACUGUUGCAGCACAUCUUGUAGGAUAUUCAGGUUGGCUUACUGUAUCAGGUGUGAUAACCUACUGGCAAACAAGCAGUCCAUCAUUCUUACUGGGUGCCAUCACAUACAGCAAUGGAGCUCUUACAAUUCCAUCUGAUGGUGUUUAUUAUAUUUAUACACAUCUCUACUUACAUGGCAAUAGUGGCAGUUACAUUCAACCUUACAUCAGAGUAAAUGGCAGUCGUGUUUUGUACAUCUCAAGCUACCAUUAUCAUGGUGAACCAAAAACCAAGCACGCUGGUCUACUUCAGCAGCUGAAAAAAGGUGAUAGCGUUGACAUAUAUGGCGGAGGAUAUCGACACUACAUGGCCUCUACUUAUUCAGUUUUUGGUAUUUUUAAGAUCGACUAGAAGCAUGUUGUUGAGAAUGAGAAUGUCAAUUAAUUAAGUGAUAAGUGUGAGUGUCAAAUGACUCUCCAUGUGAUCAUGUUUAAUAGUAAUUGUAGUUGUGACUGUGUAUGUUGGACUGUAGUGUGACCAUUCAACCCUAAUUUUUGUUUGUUUCAUUUCUGUUUAGUUCCAUUUCUAUAUUAUUAGCAAUAAAUGUUUAUCCCUUUGUC